AUGCCACGCCGACAAUCGGUAGCAUAUUACGCCUGCGAGCUCUGCCGUCGGAAAAAAAGGAAGUGUGACGGAGACGGUGUGAGCCCUUGCAAGGCUUGUCGUGACGAUGGCGCCGACUGCGUCUAUCUCAGGCCCAAGCGCGUCUCCAAGGCCGAUUUGCGAAAGGAAUUGGCCGGGCUGCAGACGAUAAACUCGGAAUAUAAUGUCCUGCUAGAUGCCAUCUCGUCUCGCAACACAAGCCCCGCGCAGCUCAAUGACAUCAUACAACGGCUCUCGGACGGCCAGUCGCGCGCCGAGGUUGCCGAGAUGCUAACGCAGAGUCCCAGCAGCCGAGACCGUGACCGUGACAGAGGUAGACCCAGCCCUGGCGGCUCCCCGACUUCUGUCUGUACCUCCGUGUCGAGCCCCGAGACCUUACUCUCCAGCUCCCAAGAAGGCUCAAAGAUCCCCUUCCUCCCCGUGAGCGCGCCGACGCCGCGCAAGACCAGGCCCCCCAUGCACUCGUACGUCCAGGCCAACCUGGGCUACUACAGGUCGCAGCUCCCGCAGCUCUUCGACUUCAUCCUCGCGCGGGUUUGCCUCUCGUUCUGCCCCAUAAGCAAGGCGCACCUCAGGGCCGAUCUGGAGUCUGGCGCUGGCCAGCACUGCUCCCCGGCCCUUCUGGACGCCCUCCUGGCCCUAGCGACCGUGCUGGCCCCGGAGAAAAUGGCGGCCAUGGUGACGCCUCGCACGCACGGUGGCGGCGACGACGUCCGGCAAGGGCGCCUCGGCGACUCGUUUGCGCGCGAGGCCAUAGCCGCAUUGUACAAUGAAUCGGGACUGCCGCACCAAAUCGCUGACAUCCAGGCCGUAGGGGUACUCGCAGUGUACUGCCUCAGCUGUGAAAAUAUCAAGGACGGUAUCGUCUUUGCCGGUGAUUUUAUCGCUGCUAUUACCGAGCAGUGGGAGGCCGGCCACGCAGAGGCCGGCUCUGCCGAUCGCCAGACGCAUGCCAGCUUAUAUUGUGGUGCUCUUUCACUUAACAGAUUGCUGUUCUUAAUCCAAGAUUACCACAAGACGUUAGAUGAGCUGGCCAUCAAAGUCGGGCUGGACAAGUCUCCGCUGCAGAAUAGCAGCAGCGCCGAUAGCACAAUCUCCAAGACCAACCUCUCCGACGACCCCUUUUUCAUGCGAGACCUGAGUUUGUUGCCCAACAACCCCAAGGCUAUCGCGGCCAAUCUCUUCAAGUUCACCGAAUUGGUGUACAAGGCCCGGUAUUCAUCCGAAGAAACGUUGAACCAGGCGGUCAAGGUGUACCAAGACGGCCUGCGAUGGUACGAGUCUUUCUUGGCCUGCACCCGCAGCUACCCCAGCGAGACGCCAUUGAUACUAUUUGCCCACACCUAUUAUCAGUUUGGCGUCAUGUGUCUCCUAACACCAUACGUUCUCGAAUCAGCCGCGAUCGCUUCGGACGGGACUUUCCCCAUGGUGGUUUGUUUGCAGGCGGCGGGGAGUAUCAAGCAGCUGAUACAGCACUACAACAGGCUGUACGACGACGGGCAGCUUCUUGAGUUUAUGCCUUUCUUCGACGCCGCGGCACUUGCAUUUUUGGAAACAUGUGAUACAAAAAUACUCGUGUAA